GGCUUAGACGCACACGUAAAAUGGUUGGCUACGGUCAUGUCGCACUUUGCGUACUAUUGCUGCAUUGCGCGGCCGCUGUCAAAGUUAAAGUGCUCAUGCAUUCUGACCAGGAGGAUUCUAAGAUAGAAGAUGAAGAGUUUACGCGCACAGAGUCUUGGGAUCACAAACAUCGGGAAACAGUUACAUUGAUGCCAUUCAUCAAACACCACAAACAUGUCGAAGAAAAAGUGGACUUCGAGGAAGAAAAGUCGACUACAGAAAAGCAGUCGCAGCACCAGAUGCAUCCAAAUGAGAUGAUAUUUCCAUUGAUCUACCGUCAGAAUCAUAUAAAUAGCAUGUUCAAAUUUGGGGAGAACUGGUAUACUUGGUCUACUGAGAAAAGAACUGAUGGUUCUAAUGCCAUCAACUACUACAUAUGUUACGAUGAGCCGAAACAUUGCGACGAAGUCGGCUGGGAAAGGACUGAUUCGCUUCCAAAAUGUGCCUUCCAAAUCGAUUCGCUGCUUCCGGAAGAUCGCGCCUGUAUUAAUAGUUUCGGCGUGGAACCACACAACAGUGGCGGGAUAUGCGACGGUGCUGAACAGAUGAAGGUAAGCGACAUAGUGCAUUCAUGUGGGCCUCGGAUACGGUCUUUGUGGCGUUUCUUUCGAGUGAGUCGGCGCCCUGCUAACGUGGCCAAGCCAGCCGAUGUUAAUUCGCUUAUCUGUGAGGACGAGGAAGAAUGUUACAUCACUAUUGAAUAUAGAAUACAUCAUGACAGGAUUACGUUUUCGCUACACGAGCCAACACGAGGACAGACCUUUAAAAGUGCUCUCAAGCGAGACGUUAUAGUAGACGAUGCAACCACGACGGAGUCUCUAGCCCCAGCACCUCACAUACGCGUCCGCAAGACCAAGAAAAGAGAACCCGUCCUAGACGAAUCUUUACAAAAGCCUGUUGUAAAGAAAUUCCACACGAGAAAUAGGAGCAAGGUUGUUGAGGGCAAAGGCUUGGUGAAAGAACGCAAUGACUCUGGUUAUAAAAGAUCAGUCAAAAAUAGAAUUAAAAUAAGGGAAGAUGUUUCGGACGACACAUCCGAAUGAACAUAAAAUGUGGUGUAUAAUUAAUAUAAAAUGUGUCGAUAGGAUAGUAGAAUUUUCAUUCACAUAUAUUUUGUUUCAUAUGCGGAGGAUACGAUAUUUAUUACAUUUGUGAAGUCAACUUCAACUUCAACUGUGAAGUUCCGCACGCGGGAAAGCAUGUGACUUUUAAAAUGCUUAUUUUUAUAAGAGUUAAGGUUGUUUGUUGUAUAAUUUUUUUAUGUCUCAAACCAUGUGUACUGAUAAAAUCUCCUUCACAUUCAUGAGUUUUAACAAAAAAUCGAAGGAACAAAACCUCUGAAGAUAUCAUACUAGAAUAUUGAUUAAGCAACUCAUGAAGAUAGGGUAAAGUUGAUAUUAUAGUAGGCUAUUUUAUUCGCUUAGUCUUAAAUCAUUCGAGAGAGAUAUCGAUAUUGUGGUUUCUCUCUCACCUGCUUAGUGACGUAUGCAAAUAACGCGUGCGUAUGUCCAUUAUCGAUGAAAACAAAUCGGUGCGGUACCUUUUGAGUAACUUCUUACCUGCUAUACUGUUGAAAUGUCGCAACCUUUUUUAAUUGCUGAUCCUGUCACAAAGGAUAGUUUUUAUAAAAAUCACAUUUCACAUGUCGGAUCUUACGGCUUAAACACGCAUUGUUCUCAAUAAUGUGCUCUAUAAAUAUUUUUUUAAUUCCGUUCCUACUUUCAUUAUUACAACAAAAUGGAACAUCAUCUAUAUCUAUAUCGAUAGCAUUUACCGACUGCAGUAAUGCACGGCCCUGCGAUUAAACAAAAGGCCAGUACCUGCUCGUAAGUGGGAGAUAAGCU